AUGUGGUCUUGGGUCCUUUACGGAAGCUUGCUGCUAGGCGCUAGCUAUGUCCUGCUCAACUCGCGCCGAUCAAAGUGGACUGCGCACGGAAAACACGUCUUUAUUACAGGCGGCUCACAAGGACUGGGCCUCGCUCUUGCCAAGCUGCUGGCUUCACGGGGAGCCCAUGUGGUCAUUUGUAGUCGGUCUGAAUCCAAACUUCGAAGCGCCUUGAAGGACGUGGAAUCAUGCCGUCAGUACGGGUCUCAACAUCUUUCCUACGUUUCUGCUGAUGUCUCCAACUUUUCUACUGUCUCAUUAGCUAUCCAAAAAUGCUCUAUGCCGAUCGAUACAGUGUUUUGCUGUGCUGGUGCUGCACAUCCAGGGCUUUUCUUGAAUCACACGGAGGAGGAAUUCGACAAAGGUAUCCGCCUCAUAUACAAAACGGCUCUGUGUACAGCUCAUGCUGCAGCUGCCUACAUGAAACAGAACCAAAUUCCUGGCAAGAUUAUAUUUACAGGCAGCGUCUUGAGUUUUAUGGGCAUGUUUGGCUAUUCUCAAUACUCUCCUAUGAAAUACGCUAUCCGAGGUCUAGCAGAAUGCCUUCGCUCUGAACUACAAAUGUAUGGAAUUCAAGUACAUAUGUAUUUUCCUGCUACAAUCCUUUCGCCAGGUCUGGAGGAAGAAAACAAAACAAAACCUGCUCUUACACUGGAAAUUGAAGGUCAAGACGAGGGCCUCAGCCCUGAAGCAUGUGCCCAGCACCUUUUGCGGGGCGUGGAAUCCCACGAGUUUUCUAUCACGGAUGGUAUCAUCGGUCUGUGUUUGCGCAUUUCCUCGGGAGGAUGUGCACCUGGCAACCGUCUCCUGUUCGAUUCCAUUCUUAUGGUACCAGCCAGGUGGGUCCUACUUGCAUGGCGUCGUUUUGUGGCUGAUCGUACUGUCCGGAAGCAUUCAUGUAAUAAAUAG